GGGAAACAGGAGGUGACAUGUGACAAUAGUCAGACAUUCAGCCUGACCUGCCCCCAUCUGCCCUCCCCAGUAAGAGUAGCUGUAUUCACUCAGAGGACCUACAGGCGAUCACAGUAUCAGAGACAAUGGGGGUCAGUUCUGCACUGCAAAGCAUAUGCGGAGUUGCCUGCUGUGUACUCGGUUUACCUGUUUUAGUAACUCUUAAGCUACUAGUGCUUGUCAUACCCAUUUCGGAGAUUGUAAUUGGUGCGCUGUACCUGGAUAGCUGUCCGAUACAGAGAUACAUCCCUAUCUAUCUGGUGGUGACAGGAGUCUUCACCUUAUCCCUGGUGCUUCUGACCUGCCUGCCCGGCUCACAAGCUGAUGAUGCUGAUGCUGAAGAAGUGAAUGGCAUCUGCUGCAUCUGCAACUGCUGGAACUCCAUCGUCUGCCUCUUCCUCACCUGUUGGUUCAUUGCUGGCAACGUGUGGAUCUACUCAAUAUACCAGCCCAAUUACGACCCAGCUGCAGGGCCCCACUGUGAUAAGACUGCCUACCUGUUUGCAUUUUGGAUAACUACACUGAGCUACAUCAUGGCAGGCGUACACAUUGUUGGAAGUUGCAUUUGCAAGGCAUUACAUUAAUUUGGCUACCAUAUUUUUACCCAAUGCGACUUUCAACAAAGAAAACAAGUAUUACAUUACAUUUGGCUGACACUUUUUUCCAGGGGGUCAGGAUUUGACUGAUUACCUUCGCCGAUUAGCAAGGCACUUCCUCGUCGCCAUU